GCUCCUGCAUUGGAAGGACAUUUGUUCCGCUGCUGUCGCCGUGCGCGAAUCUUCUGCGAGUCAAUGUUGCGGUGAUUUGGAUUUGGUCUGGAAUUUGGUGCACCAUAGAAACCACCCAUUCCGACGGUGGCGGGUGGACAGGACUUGCUGUCACUCGAUCAUUUCCCCACCUCUAAAACCUCGAUCGAACUCUUUGUGUUGUGGUAUAGUGUUUUCUCUUUAUUGUGGAACGGUGAAAAUUCGAUUGAAACUUUCUGAAAUUCCAAAAGUGCUGGGAAAAGAAGCACAGUAUCAUUAAAAGUUGAUUUGUUCGUUUUGUGCCAGUUGUUUCUGCAGGGCUGCUCUGAAAACUGGUGAACACUGAACGAGAAAAACCGGAGGAAAAUAUUGAAGCAGAGUGCAUCCACUGAAUGAUUUAUCAUGAGUGACACGGAAACGGAAAAAGGUGACGGCACCUCUCCGGGUGAUCCGGACGAACUCAAAGAGAUGCUGCUGUCCACCGCGGAAGCUUCCACCUACUCGGCUCAGGAAGUGGCCGCACGCCUCCGGGUAGACAUACGCACGGGGUUGCGGUGGUCCGAGGCCAACAGCCGUUCGAAGAUCGUCGGCUACAAUGAGCUUAAUGCACUGGAUGACGAACCUCCGUGGAUGAAGUACGUCCAGCAGUUUAAGAAUCCACUUAUAUUGUUACUAUUAGGUUCGGCGUUGGUGAGUGCGUGUAUGCGACAGUUUGAUGAUGCUGCCAGUAUUACGAUAGCGAUAAUUAUUGUGGUCACUGUUGCAUUCAUCCAGGAAUAUAGAUCUGAGAAGAGCUUAGAGGAACUGAAGAAACUGGUUCCACCAGAAUGCCACUGUUUACGAGAAGGACGACUGGAAACAUUCCUAGCGAGAAAUCUCGUUCCCGGCGAUAUAGUAUAUCUCAACGUAGGUGACCGAGUACCGGCUGAUAUUAGAAUUUUCGAAGGCUUCGAUCUGUCAAUCGAUGAGUCGAGCUUCACCGGUGAAACGGAACCGGCUCGCAAAAGCACUGAAGUUGUUCUGAAUGUGCAUAGCACAAAAAAUCACCACACGAGCAUGAAAAACAUAGCCUUCAUGGGUACCCUGGUGCGGUGUGGUAACGGAAAGGGCAUCGUAGUUAGCACAGCUGACAAGAGCGAGUUUGGGGAAGUAUUCAAGAUGAUGCAAGCGGAGGAAGCUCCCAAAACACCGCUUCAGAAAUCGAUGGAUAUUCUGGGAGCACAGCUGAGCUUUUACUCGUUUUGCAUCAUCGGUGCUAUCAUGCUGCUGGGAUGGAUCCAGGCUAAACCAUUGGUAGAAAUGUUUACUAUCAGUGUGAGCUUAGCGGUGGCUGCUAUACCUGAAGGUCUCCCGAUUGUAGUCACGGUCACCUUAGCUCUCGGUGUAAUGCGUAUGGCAAAACGUAACUGCAUAGUGAAAAAACUACCUACGGUGGAAACUCUGGGUUGUGUUACGGUUAUUUGUUCCGAUAAAACGGGUACGAUCACGAAGAACGAGAUGACUACUACGGUCAUCAUUACCUCCGAUGGUUACAUGGCCGAUGUGACCGGUGCCGGUUAUAACGAUAAUGGCGAAAUACACAUUCGUGACUGUAACAGCAUAGAGAACGCUAAGCGUAGUAUCAAUCAGCUGCUGGAGACCGGUGUUGUCUGUAAUAACGCAAUCAUACAGAAUGACACUCUUCUGGGACAACCGACCGAAGGUGCACUUUUGGCUGUAGCUAUGAAAAAUGGACAGUAUUCGGCAGCGGACAAUUUUCUGCGAAUACAGGAGUACCCUUUCAGUUCGGAACAGAAAAUGAUGGCGGUAAAAGCUGUACACAAGUAUGCAAACAACAAGGAGGAAAUCUAUUUCGUUAAGGGAGCCAUCGAGAUCGUUCUACCACAGUGUACUAAGUUUUGGUAUGGAGGACAGGCCAUUGCCCUGAGCAAACAAAAUGAGGCAGAGUUUCUUCAGGAAGCUUAUGAAAUCGGACGAAAAGGUUUACGAGUUUUGGCACUUGCGAAAGGAUCAUCAUUCCAAGACUUGGUAUAUUUGGGAUUGGUUGGUAUCACAGAUCCUCCACGACCACUGGUUCGAGAAUCAAUUGAAAUAUUACGAUCGAGUGGAGUAAUGGUGAAAAUGCUAACCGGUGAUGCACAAGAAACGGCUAUGGCGAUCGCCUCCAAGAUCGGUCUUGACAUCGUACACAUGCAAGCUCUCUCCGGUCAUGACAUCGAUCAGAUGAACGAGAUGCAGCUGGAGAAGAUGAUCAACACGGUGAGUGUGUUUUACCGGGUGACCCCGAAGCAUAAGCUCGCGAUAGUAAAGGCCCUGCAACAGAAUGGCCACAUCGUCGGUAUGACUGGUGACGGAGUCAACGAUGGAGUCGCACUGAAACGAGCCGACAUCGGAAUUGCUAUGGGUAAAAACGGAACGGACGUGUGCAAGGAAGCCGCCGACAUGAUCCUCGUGGAUGACGAUUUCCAUACUAUUAUUGCGGCCAUUGAAGAAGGCAAGGGGAUAUUCUGGAACAUUCGAAAUUUCGUACGCUUUCAGCUGAGCACAUCGAUCGCAGCCCUUUCACUAAUUGCUCUCUCAACAUUGAUGGGUAUUUCGAACCCGCUGAAUGCUAUGCAGAUUUUGUGGAUAAAUAUUAUCAUGGAUGGACCACCUGCUCAAUCGCUCGGUGUGGAGCCAGUCGAUUUGGAUGUGCUUAAGCAAAAACCUCGGAACGUAAAACAACCAAUGAUUUCAAAAUCGCUUAUCAUCAAUGUGCUGCUAUCGGCUGGUAUCAUUAUAUUGGGGACACUUUGGGUAUUUCAAAGGGAAAUGGCUGAUGGGACGGGUGUGACUAGUCGGGAUACUACAAUGACGUUCACCUGUUUCGUUCUUUUCGAUAUGUGGAAUGCUUUAAGCUGCCGAUCGCAAACCAAGAGUGUUUUCCAGAUCGGUCUGCUCACCAACCGAAUGUUCCUGCUGGCAGUAGGCUUCUCGCUGUUAGGUCAGUUGUUGGUAAUUUAUUUCCCCCCGCUGCAGAUGGUAUUCCAAACCGAGGCUCUGUCGGCCAUGGAUCUCAUCUUUCUCGUGUCCCUGACGUCGAGCGUGUUCAUUGUAUCAGAACUGAAGAAAUGGUUCGAGCGCACCAUGGAACGGCGAAUGUAUCGCAAGAGGAGCGAGUUGGAUUUCGUAUGACAGUCACCUCACGCUGGAAGAUUGCAUAAGGACUAAGGAGCUGAUGAAGACCGCGCAACCAUUGUCGGUAAACAUUUACACGCAACACACUCUAUGAGACUUAUUUAAGCUUAACGUUCAACUAUCAGACGAGACGAGGCGAGAGAACGAAAGGUGAUUGGACCGAUAAACUGCGUUCCCACUGAGCACUAUCUGGUAAAGCACUAAGGAAAAAAAAAUACUACACAUUCGGUAGUAUCCCCAGACUAAAACAAAGCAGUACACUGUUUGAAUUAUAUUUCCGAUAUUCGUAAACUGAUGAAAAGUGAUCUAAAACCGUGUUGGGGUACACCCUUCUUAUAUUGAUUUACAAUCUAAGCAGUAGGAUUAUUUAGCAUUAUUUGAAAAGUAUUUCUGUAGAUAUUUAUAAUUUUAAACAAAAAUUGGCUGCUCAUUAAUUAUUUUAUUUAUACCUUACGAGACUUGUUUCCUUUACGAUAUAGCUAAAUUUAGUAAUAGAACGAUGUAAUACAUACUAUUCUGUUUUAAUUUCGCACCUGUUUUGUUUUUAUUUCAUUUUUGUGAGAAAUGUUUUCUUUUAAGUUUCCCUGUAAUAUAUUUUCAAGUUGCGUUCUCUAUUUGAUUUUGUGUAUAUGAUUGUUUUUCCUUUCUUUUUUGUGUUAAUACCAUAUUAAAUCCAAAUGAUUGCACUUCUCUGUACCCGUUCGUUGAACAUUUUUAUUUUGGAUGGGAUGUUUUUUUUACAUCUCUAACAGAGUGUAACGUGGCUCCAUUAUUUCAAAGCAUAUUAGAUAUUAAAUUAUAUCUUAUUUCAGUAAAAAGAAUAUUGCCAGCAUGUGUUAUUCCGGGUAAACAUUGUUGCUAAAAAUAUUCCCAAAUACUUGAAUCAUUUUAUACAUAAUUUUUACUGAGGGUAUGAGGACGAAAUGAAAUGAUGCGAAAAUUGGAUAAGUGCAUCUCAUCCCGUUUAAGUAAAGUGACUUUUCUUAAAAUGGUAUAUUACUAUAAAAAUAAGCAAAUAUUAAUUUCUUUUGCAGUUCAUCAGAAAUCAAUUAACCAAGUCAAAAAAAAAAUUUUACCCCUAUGUAUUUGUGAAGUCAAAUCAUAGAAUGGAAAAAAGUUAUUUUUUGGCAACACUGUGUUUGUUCACAAUUUGAUUGUUGCGCUCAGGCGAAAUAAAAUCGUUAGAAAUGUGCGAAUUCAUUAUGAAACUUUGCCAUAAAAAUAGAAGCUACACGGAACUGGAAGAAAUUACGGAAGAACCAAGAGCUACAUUGGUUCGUCCAACAAGAUAAAUAUCACAAAUAUACCUUGCAACGUUGUCAAGGAGUUGUUACUUUACAAUACGCUAAAACAGUUUUAUUUUCCGCCGCAGUCUCCAGAUCUCAAUCCUAUCGAGCAUUGAUGGGAUGAAUUAGGCCCUUGAAGGAACACAUCCCCGUCGAUACUACUCACAUUUCAUUUCCAUUCCACACCGUUUGAAAGCGUGUGUUUAAGUCCGAGAAUGUUUUACAAAAUACUGAAAUUUCAUGUUAAUCUUAUUCGUAUAACUGAAUCAGCGGUAUGAACACUUUGUUGAUUUGGUUAAUUGAUUUCUGAUUUUUAAAUAAAUAUUGAACAGAACAAGAAAUCAACAUUUGUGUGUACCUGGAGAAAACAUUUAAGCUUAAAACUUCUGUCUAAGUGCACAUUAUGCGGGCAUAUAUAUAUCAAUGGAAAGCUAAAGUCCCUAGCUAACAACUGAUUAAGAAACUAAGUUCAUUCAUUUGAUUGAAAAAAAUUAUUAUCAAUUUAUACCGUUUUCGUUUAUUGAUCAGAGCUGCCCGAGAGCUGAACCAGAGUGGCCCAAAAAACUUCUGAGAUGUUUGUUUUAGCAACCUGGGGUCGCUCUAGAUCGGACUCCAAUCGCGUAGUUUCGCUCUAAAAAUUUUCUCGGGUCGGACCACGACAUCCAUGCGAGUUUGUUCAUUUUUUCUUUUUUUUAUGAGUUGUUGUUUAGGGCGCGUAUCACGUGUUCGUUUUACUCGGAGUCAGAGUCGCCCGCGUGAUGGUUCAAAAACGAAAACGUUAUUAGUAAACUAAUCAAUUUUGGCCUUUUCAAAAAAGGUAUUCGGUUACCGGCACUCCAAGAAAUUUCGUUAAAGAUGGAAAAAUAUAAGUAAAGACUGCAACUGUUCAAAGAAAAAAACGAAGUUUAUUCUUUUCGGAGGCGUUUUGGACAAAAGUCUCCAUUGUCUGAUGGUGACUUGGCUAGCUUGGCCGAUGACUUGGAUGGUGGCGCCUUUAGUGUUGAUCGUGCUGGUGGUCUUCCACGUUUUGCCUUUCUCAUAUAGAAAUGCUAUGCAAUCGCUGUGAAAACCGAGUUUACAACCGAGGCCCGGAGGGCCGAGUGUCAUAUACCAUUCGACUCAAUUCGUCGAGAUCACAAAAUGUAUGUGUGCACGCGCGAGUUUGUGUGUGUAUGAAUGUAUGUGUGUAUGUGACAAAUAAUGUCACUCAAUUUCUCAGAGAUGGCUGAACCGAUUUUCACAAACUUAGAUUCAAAUGAAAGGUCUUAAGGUCCCAUACAAAUUUCCUGAGUUUCAUUUGGAUCCGACUUCCGAUUCCGGAAUUACAGGGUGAUAGCACCAAAAAAAGGAAAAAAAUAGUCACACACGUUCCUCAGAGAUGCCUGAGGCGAUUUCCACAAACUUAGAUUCAAAUAAAAGGCCUUAUGGCCUCAUACAAUUUUCUUGAAUUUCAUUGGGAUCCGACUUCCGGUUCCGGAAUUACAAGUAAAUAUUUGCAAAAUUAUUAAAGAAUGCGCACUCAAUUUUCUCGGAAAUUUCUUACCCGAUUUUCAUAAACUAAGAAGCAAAUGAAAGGUCUUCAAAUUCUUCAAAAAGUCCCCGGAAGAUAGAUCCAGAUCUGAGUUCCGGUUCCGGUAUUGCAGUGCGAUUAGUAAAAAUUGUCAAUUUCAUGAGUAUUUUUUCACAAACGAUUGUGAAACGAGGUGCAUCUUUUUAUAAAACUUACUGCUAAAUUCAUCUAGUUUUCAGAUCUUAUUAGUUAGUGAAUAUAUAAAACAACUUUGGGACUACUAGUCCGCUUCCGAAAGCACCGACAAUAGUGUUGAAAAUCUCCAAAAACGGAACUCACUUCGAUUUCUCAGCAACGGUUAAGCCGAUUUUUACGAAUCAGGGAUUUUCAACGAAUUUAUUUUUUUCAAAAAAUCAUAACUCUUGAUACCGUUGAUCAAUUUCGAUGCGUCCAAUGUAAAAAAAAAACAGAUUUUCUUCUAGUCCAUGCUGAAAACACCAGAGUUAUUCCAGAUCGCGUUGGGGUAUUUCUGUUCUGCCGUUAGAAGUAUGUUAUGAAGGUGGCAAAAAGUAGUUGAUCAAACAGCUCUAAGUGGAAAGUACUUUGAAUUUACACCAAAAUCUCGAAAAUAUGCAGAUCAACUAAACUGGAGUUCCCAGAUUAGUUUUGAAAGUCUUUUAACAACUUGAAAAGUCCUGAGAUGAAAUGCCAUGUCAAAUUUCAAGCACAAUUCUAUGGGACCACAAUCCGGAGCUCUAGUAAGUCCUUCACAUUUUAUACAAUUUCCGUAUUAACCCCAUACUUAUAUAAAAUUUUAUUGUUUACAAAUUAAAAAGGUAAUGUUAGUUUAUACCCAAAGAAAGUUCUUAUUUUAUUCAAGAUUGAAAAAAAGUUUCUUCACAGAAUCGUCUAGUGAUAUUUUUGAAAAUAUUAGUAAUAUGAGAAAUGCAUCAUUACAUCACUAGGUGGAUUAAAAAAUGUUUUUUCUUAGCAAGAGCAUCUGCUGUAUGAGCAGCUAGACGUUUGUCCAAAACUUUGGCUGGUUAUGUCUCUACAGUAACCUGUCUCUGCAUAACCGAACACCUUGGGGUGCCGGUAACUAGCUCCAGAUUCUCAAAAAAAAUCCAUUCGGAAUCUCAAAAUAAGUCCAAUUCGACGAAAAGCAGAUUUUCUUUCAGAUCUGUUCCAAGGGUCACAUGCAGUUUCUAAAACUCAAACUCCAAUUCUGUUUUUUUUUUCAAUCUUUUCUUUUCUGUUUGCUCGUUGUUGAUUGUUCAAGUAGGGCUACAAAUUAUACAGAUAUUUAAAAAAUUUUGUCAUCUUUUAAUGGUAUUAAAAGUGGAGUUGAGGAAAUGCAGCAGAAACCCAGCCUUCAUUGUAAUAGGCAAUAUUGAUUUUACGUUUUGUCUUUGACACAUCAGUGUGUAACAGGUCAUGUUGAACUGCAUGCGUGACCUGGCGGCUCAUCAUAAACCGCUAGGCAGACGUAAAGGUAAUGCUAUUUGCAAAACACUUUUUGCUAUUACACUGCAAUAUAAUGUCUAAACUAACGUCUCGACAGUUUUCUUGCUGUCUUGCUGUUCAAUGCAUGUGGUACCCAUUUUUCUAUCUUACGAGCUUGACCCAUAGCACUCUCUCAAGUAUUCCGAAGAAUUCAGUGCUCGCGGAGAGUUCAUCAUAACAGCAAAUGAGAACAGAAAAGUUUACCCACUCGUCUGAUGGUAAAAUUUAUACUUUAUUAGUCAUAGAUCAUCUGCAAUUCCUGUUAGCAGUGGAUAGCACAUUCACUGCUUCGGUUAUUUUUUGAGCUCAUUUACGUUUCGCAUUCAGCAUCAGUGCAGAUCAGUGCAGUCAGAUAGAAAAAGGUUGUUCGUGAAUAUGAUUGGCGGCAGGUUGGGGAUAAUUGUUCUUGAGUUUUCAAAACCAAAUUUCUAUGACAUUCUCCCUUUUGGCAGAAUUUUCGAGCAAUGAGAUCAACAUCUAUUUUACGAAUUAAAGCGGCUGUUCGUAAAUUUUAAAUCCGGUCUAUUUGCGUACAAGCUUUACGUGGCCGAUUGAGCUGAUUUUUUAAAUAUUUUUUUUUUAGGUUGAUCGCGUUGUCACCCUUUUUCUAGGGGGAGAGGAGCUUCCAUUUCCCUCCUGCGAAGAUCGAGGGGCACUUCGUUCGUGGUUCGUCUCGUCAUCCAUUGCCGCAUCGAUGGUAUUGUUGUCGAUUUCCGUCUUCUUUUCGUUGCUAGUUGCUGUAGAUGCACCUUGUUGUACAUUGGUUGCAAUUGCUGGUUGGUCGGAGAGUAACUGCAGCUGGUGUACUUUGUUCUAUAGGAGAUGAUGAUGGAUUCGUUGAAGGGGAUGCUUCAUUGUUGUUGGUGACUGUCACAGGUGGGUUGCUUGGGGUUGGUUUGAAGGAAGCACCGUUGUCCUUUGGUGUAGUUGUCUCCUUGUCCAGUUUAUCACAUGCCUUACCGUAGUGAACAGUUUUUUGGCAAUAUUGACAUGUGGCCAUCUGAUUGUCAUAGGUAACAAGUGAUUUGCACGGAAUUCUUGUAUCUUGACCGAAAAUCACAUAAGAAGGUAUAGACUUCUUCAAGUGUAUGCGUAUUAAACGUACGCCGUUUAGAAUAUCGGGGAAAAAAUUCUUCCACUUUUCUUUUUCGAUAGAGAGAAUCUCUCCAUAUUGGGACAUAGUUUUGCGAAUAUAUGAAUCGGUGACGCUUGAGGGAAGAUCAUGCACACGCACUUCUAUAGCACUAUCUUCCAUAUAUACUGGAAUGUUGUACUUAAUGUUCUCGUGCUCCACAUAGUGCACAUUGUUAUUGUCUUUUGCGAAUUGAAUUGCAUCCAACUCUUUAUAAAACUGGAUGUAAAUAACAUUAUUUGUCUUAUUGCAUUGAAGUAAAUGCACACGUUUAAUGUCAAGAUGCAUUUGUUCCUUAAGCAAACCUUCAAGUUCUCGUAUCGAAGGUCGAAUUUUGCACUGUCUGAAGUCAACAACAAUUGUCGGUGGUAGCUUUUGUUCGUUUGGUUCACUCAUUUCGAGGUCGUUCUAUUGUUCACUACACAAUAAUGUACUUGGUUUCUUCUGUCCCGAACGUAAGCGGUUUUGUUUUAUCGACUAACUUGGAUGAGAUGUGAAAGCGAACUGUGUUCGUAAAUUGAAUCACACUUUAUCAUCGCAUUAAAAUUAUUUAAAUUUAAAUGGUGAAAUUUUGGCAAAUCAUAAAACUAAAACAAUUUUGUGUCGUCGUGAAGCACCUUGUCGGUUCGCCAUAUAGAAAUUGGUGGAAAAAUUCGAACUGUUGGAACAAGUUAAUAAUGUGAUCCAUAAAACCUCUACAACAACCGGAAGUAUUGCCGCUGUAGCCCAAAGUGUUUAAAAAAACUCAGGUUUGUCGAAUCCUCGUCGUUCUUGAACUUGAUCAUUACAUCGUAUUUUCCAUAACGACUAGGAUAUCAAGGCUUAUAAAACUAAGUUAUCACAAAAACUCAAUUUCAAUUUCAUCGAAAAAUAAUUUAUCAUUUGAAGACCAAUUUCCAGUUCCGUGGCUACACCAACAAGCAAAUUUGUCGCCUCUAGGGCUCGGAAAACCCAUGGUUUAUUUUUGAAAAGCCGCUCCAUCCUCAACGUGUAACUGUUUGGUGAGGUUUAUAUUCCAAUGACAAUCCAAUCCCAAUGACCUUACUUUUUCGAAAAUGAAGCAGAAGCAACUGUUACGGUAAAUGUAUUAGAUUUUUUAUCGUGACGUCACAAAUGAACAAGAAUUCAUCCUUGACAGUUCAGCGGUACUGUUUACGAACAAGCCUAAACAAAAAUCGAAGAACACAUCUCAAACAAUCAUCUUUACAUUUUGCAACUUGGGACUUACAUUCAAUAAAUCUCAAAAACAACCCGUAUCCAAUCGUGAACAAUUGUUUUAAAACUCUAUUUAGGCGAUAUGGACUGUACAUGGCCUCAUCCAAUUUGUCAACAGACAAACAAAAAAAUCUAUGUUUACAAACAGUACUGCUGAACUGUCAAAAUGUUGUAAUUUGAUUGAGGUUAGCAGUGACGGUAAAAAACCUAAUUGCGCUAUCGGGAGAUGACAAUUGUUUUUUUAUGGCCGGAUUUGGCUACUGAUCGGGACAACGUUUACUUUCAGCAAGACAGCGAUAAGUAGCCCAUCAAACCAAAAAAGAAACAGUUGUUUCAAACCGAUAUAUCGUAAAUUUCAAUAAAAUAUGCAUGUUUUACACUAGUAUAUGAUUGCUCCAAACAAAUGUUGGUUGUUUAAAAAAAACGUUGGUUGAAUCAAACCAGAAUUGUUUUUAUCACUAUACCAACAAAAAAAAUUCGUUAAAAUUUCCCGGUUUUCAAUUAUUUUCACAAUUUUUUCUGUGCAAACUACAUUCCGAAUCGAAUAAGAAUAUCUUACAAGUCGGGGCUCGAUGAGACGUAAAGUAGAUUUCGAGACCAGCGCCUCAUACUCUAGACCAUCAGCACGAAAUAGCUCUAGUUUUUUUUCUCAACAAUAUUUUGUCGUGUGAGAGAAAUGCAAUCAUUUAUAUUAGAUAUUACCUAUGAUUAGUACUUUCUAUUACCAACUUUAGUUUGAUAGUUGAACAAAGGAAAAGAACGAAAGAGGAGAAGAAUUGCUAAAACAUAUCGAAAUAAAACUGCGGUGUCCAACUACUACUAUAUAUUAAAGAAGAUUCCAAAUACAGAAUGAUAUAAUCGUAGUAUGACUAGCAGAUAUUUACCAAACUGAUUAUGAUAUGUUUUGGAAAGAGGCGCAAACAAAUCCCUUAACAUUAGAUAGGACGGGACGGGUCAUAGUAAUUUGCGUCUGGAAAGAAAAGGAAGAGAGAAUACUCUCAAUUACUAAGUUCUACAAUCAGCAAAACUAACGACAAUAGAAAGGGAAAGGGUGCACCAGUUGGACCGGAACCUAAUCUAGUACUAAUUGCAAUAUUCGUUUAUGUUAUGUCCAACCGGUGAUCUAAGGGUUUUCCUACAGGUAGCGAAAUAUAUUUAUAUUUAGAUUAUGUAAACUGCUGACGUGAGCCAAGAACCUCAUUGAGUGACAAUGACACGCAUUAAGGUAACAAGUCAAACUGGCUCCAGUGGUGACCCUCAUUGCGGUGGUAUGCUAAAAAUGUGACCCAUGCCGUCGGCCUGACUGUAGAAAAGGGCCCCAGUAAGCCGCUGGUGAUUUGAAACUAUCAGUUUUAGCAUUCGUACAUAGCAUUACUGUGGCAAAGCAAAACAUUGAUGUUUAUCUCCUGUCUGGUAAACCGUAGGAAUGAUGAGCAAGAUCUGUGAGGUAUAUUCAAUUUAUUUUUCGCUUUGGUUAAAUACCCCUGAACUAAAUGAAAUUAAAAACAAAACAAUGUGGGCGGCAAUUUGUUGCGAACGGAGAACGAACGACUGUAGUUGAUCUGAUUGGUUGUCUUCUAAAAGUGAAUCAGUAAUGUAAUGUGAACAAAACACCAAUAAAUGCGAAAACAUCAGCAAACCGAAAAGUCUUAUAAUACGUGAACUUAACAUCAUCAGCAAGCAAAUCUUCUAGCGUGAGAGCAAUGCAAAAAUGAUUAUUAUAAAGCAAACAAUUUCAUAGCAAAUGAAAUAUAAAACAAUGACAAUUAUAGUUUGUAGUUUUAAGUUGGCAAAACCGAUAAUAAAAUCAAAGUAGGAAAUAGUUUUGUUGACAUGAUGAACAUUGUUCAAUAUUUAUUAAAACUUGAUACGAAGUAAUAGAAUAGAAUAAGUUUCAAUGUUAAAUCAAGUACAUCUUUUUCACAUUGUUCUUGUAGAACAGCACGCGCUACAGCUUCUUAUCAACUACAAAGAUCACGAAUGAAAUGCACCUCAUCGUCAUUUUAGAAGCACAAUCAAUUAUUGCAAUCAACUCAACAAAGAAGAACUGUGCGAAAUGCGAACGUUUUUCACCACAUUAUCAUAAAUUCACCACCAUUGAAUCAUUAUUCCAGCUGAAUCUCAAACAGUCCUUUGAUUUUUCUUGUUAAUACGUACUAAAUUCUUCAUAAUGUAAUGCUUAUUCGUUAAAAAAGGCUUCCACCUAAUAGUCUCAAAUUCUUUUCGGAAAUAAAAUUACUACUUUCUAUACAAUAAUUUCGAAACUUCCACAUAUCAUUCUUUAAAGAAGCCUGAACUUUGAAUCAUUAUUUUUCUUUCCGGUACAUUUUCAUCUAUUUCCGCUACUAAGGGUUGACAUGAGCACGACCAAUACAGAACCAUCUCUUAAAACAUUCACAAAUUCUCUCCAAUUAGCACAAAAGAUUCUCAAACCGCGACUUCGCUAAUCAUUCCUGCCUUCAUCGAUUUAUACAUGUGCGCUAGUCUUUUUCUUACAUAAGUAAUGGCCAAUAAUGCAUCAUUAUUACACCAUCAGUAAAAAAGCAACAAAGAAUGAACAAUAAGUUAGCCAACAAAUGGAGUUCACUAACAUAACUAAAAAUCAAUACAAAUAUUACACCAUUCGAUUGAGAAUAAUGGAUACACAUUAACAUACAACAAAACACAAUUAAAGCAACAGCUAAAUAAGCAGUGAAUUCGAGUAAAGGUUUAGCCUAUUUUAUGCAAACAAAACAAUAAAAUUCAUAAUAGCUACUGUUCGAAGCAGUUAGAAUCAAGACGAAUAAAAUACUGAUUAUUUUGAUGCGGUUGCAAGCUAAAUUGAACAUAAAUGUUUGGUAUUUUUAGUGCUGAUGCACAGAUAAAAUUGAGCAUCCGAAAUUAAAAAAAAAAUACGUGUAAGGAAAGUAUACUUUGACCAAAGAACGAAAGCAUCUACAGCACACAAACACACACACAUAAGAUGGUAAAAUAAAAUAAAUUUUACAAGUUCA